AUCGAUUGAGCGCCCUCAAGCUAUGCAAAUGGCGCGGCGCCGCGGCGCGUGAUAUGUGUACAGUACAGCCGGCGUUCGACAUGAAUUUCAUCUAGGCUUAAAUAAGUGUAGGUGUAACUUGUAAGCUACAUUUUUACUAGAUUUAUGUACGGAUCGGUGGAAGGUGGUUUGGAUUCCCCUACGAUGGAUUCUAAGGAGAAGGAGUCAUCGGCCAUGAAUGGAAGAAAUGAACCCGAAACGGAUCCAGCAACAAGUGUGAAAAAGAGGCCGUUGACUGUGCCGCUAGUCUUUGCUACAGCCUCGGCUGUGAUUGGUUCCUCUCUCCAGUUUGGUUACAACACUGGUGUCAUCAACAACCCCAAACUGGUGAUCCAAGGUUUCUUCAAUGAGACGGAAGAGAGGCGAAGCGGCAAUGCCAUGCCCGAUGACAAGAACGAUUUCCUCUUCGCCACAGCGGUGGCCAUCUUUGCUGCCGGGGGUAUGGUGGGAUCCCUGGUAGCUGGCCCAUUGGCUGAUCGGUUUGGCAGGAAGGGGACCCUGUUAUUGAAUAACUUCAUCGCUCUAGCGGCAGCGUUACUGAUGGGUCUGAGUAAAGUGGCCUGGUCUUAUGAGAUGCUGAUUAUUGGCAGGACGAUAGUCGGCCUGAACUGUGGUAUAAAUACCGGCAUUGUUCCCAUGUACCUAUCCGAAGUCUCCCCGUUCAAUCUACGAGGGGCCAUCAGCGUCAUGAACCAGCUCGGUGUCACGAUCGGGAUUCUCUUGUCCCAGAUCCUUGGUCUCCCUGUUCUCCUGGGUACGGACGAUCUGUGGUCAGUGUGCCUGGGUUUCGCCGCAGUGCCCGCCGUUUUCCAGCUUCUGUCCCUGCCCUUCUGUCCCGAGAGUCCACGCUAUUUACUCAUCAUCAAAGACAAGCAGAAAAACGCUGAGAAAGCCUUGGUGUGGCUGCGACGCGACACCCAGAUCACGGACGAGAUUGCCGAGAUGCGGCGAGAGCACGCGGAGGAGCAGAAGGAGGAACGCAUCAGCGUCUUGCAGCUCUUCAAGCGCAGCUCACUGCGCCGGCCGCUCUUCAUCAGCGUCAUCAUGCAGUUGUCGCAGCAACUGUCUGGCAUCACUGCGGUUCUUUACUACUCCUCGCUGAUUUUUGUCGCUGCCGGCGUGUCUGAAGACAACGCGAAAUACGCCACCCUGAGCACAGGGGCUGUCAUGGUCAUCAUGACUAUUGUCAGUGUACCCCUAAUGGAUCGCAGCGGUCGUCGCUUGUUGCACCUCGUUGGUCUGGGCAUCAUGGCAGUGUCAGCCGCCUUACUAACAAUCUUUCUUUUUGUUAAGGAAACCUGGUCUCCUGCAUCCUACAUUAGCGUUGUCUGUGUUAUGUUCUUCACGUUAGGAUUUGCCAUAGGGCCAGGUUCCAUACCUUGGCUGAUUGUGGCCGAGCUGUUCUCCCAGGGCCCCAGACCGGCUGCCAUCAGCAUCGCGUUCUGCGUCAACUGGACGGCCAACUUUGCUGUGGGACUUCUCUUCCCAAUCCUACAGAAAGCCCUGCAGAACUACGUCUUCAUCAUCUUCAUCGUUCUUCUGGUCAUCUUCUUCGUCUUCACCUUCUUUUUUGUGCCGGAGACCAAGAACAAGAGCUUUGAGGAAAUCAGCGCAUUGUUCAAGGACAAAAAAGACCAUUACCAAGCGGAGGAAGCUGGAAACUUGGAUGGCAGUCCUGACGGAAACGUAAACGGCUCUGAUGGCAUCAAGUACAGCGCACUCAAAUCAGAUGACCUUUGACCUGUGAUCAGUAAAUUGGUUUUGCUGCUACCAGAAGUAUUGCUACAAUUAAGUACACAUGUACAUAUAUUUUAGUCACUCUGUGUUUCCUGUGUUCAUAACUGGUUUUUGUACAUGUAUGUGCAGUGAAUAGCUGGUUGUCCUCUUUUGUCUUCUUUCCCUGUUUUCAUUCUUUGUUUAGCGCCUAUUGUAUCCCUAGGCAAUUUAACACUCUGUAAAUCAGGUUAUUAUUAUUAUUACCUACAGCUACAGAUAUUCACUGCAGUGUGUCAAUUCAUGUAAGGACUGCAAAUAUAGCCACAAAACCGAUUCUACCAAGCCUUUUUUCCUCCUAUGGCCUCCAUGCAUAAACACUCGCUAUUCAGUGGGAGGGAUGCAUGCUUCCGUGCACAGUCAAAUGUUGCCAUCAAGUCCGAGGACAAUUUGGCAUUGUCUUUCCCUUUCCCAUAGACUAAGCACACACACUUUCAUUUUGAGGACGGUUUUCAAGGAAAGAUGAACUCCCGAGGACAACAAAAAAUCUGUUGGUCCCUCUUUGUUUGUCUGUCCUCGAGAUGCAUGUAUUACAAGAGUGGGCGUACACUACGGUACAUACACCCAGAGGACUGACAGACAGAGGGAGAACAACAGAUCGUUUCAGUCCUCGGGGGAUUGUGUCUUUUGUUCAAAUUGUGUGUGUGCAACUGCCUAAGCGUCAGGGGCUGUAAGCAGUGUGGUCAAGAAUCCCGCCAAGAGGUCCCUCCCAACGUUCCCUUUGUAACCAUUGAGAGGUCACUUAUGCAUAGAGUCCAUAGUCUGGUCUCCUGUAUGUGCUUAUCAUAAACAGGAGGUAAUUAAAACACCAGGUGAACAGCUCAUUCCAAACUUUCGCACGACAGUGCAAAAAAAACCACUGCUUGUUGUGUUCAUUUGUAAGAUUAUGUAUUACAUAUUUUGUUUUUCAUGGGUAAAUGAGUUUUAUGUAUUAAAUAAAACAGGUUUAAUGAUUAUAAAAAGACUCUACUUUUUUACAUUUGGACUUAAAAAAAAAGAUGUCUAUACUUUGUAUACACAUGCUUUAUGAGUAUAGCAACCUGAAAGUACAUUUUCUGAAAUAUUUUUUUACAGGCAUGCAACUUUUCCUCGGAUCAGCUGAUUUCCUCGUUUUUCACUUAACACUUAAAAAUUGAAAACUUAACCAUUCAAAAUUGAAAAUCACCAUACAAAGGCUUGUAAAGAUUGGAGUUUCCUCGUUUUUUUCUUUCUUUCAAGUUGCAUACCUGUUUGUAGUAUUACAUGCAGACUUCAUGUAUAUAUGGGGUUUUAAUGAUGCAAUUUUUCAAAAAGGAAAAACCCACAAAUAAUGAACAUUGAAAAACUCCAUCAACAUGUAUGGCAUUUACUGUAACUUGUUCACUUAAAAUUGUCAAUUACAAUGUUUAAGUAUUUUAAGUGAAGGAGGACUAGUUGCAGUUUGAACAACAUUGCUGAUAUCCUUUGACCAACUGACAACAAAAUGCUUGAGUGUUGAGAUAGUUAUCUCUGCUUUCUCACUAAUGUCAGAUGAAAGGUUUCACACAAGGCUUGUUUCCCAUGCAAAUCUGUACACUGCCUUUUUUCAAAGCUUUUGGUGUUUAGAUUGUAGGAGAUAGUGGACAAUACUGCAACAUUCUCAGCUUUAGGUAGCAUUCUGUGUGAUGGUAUUUAAUCCUUAAUUCUGUUUCCAAUGUUUUGUAGUUUUGCAGUUCGAAAGUAUAAAGGCCUUAUCACUCUACAGCCUCUCAACCCAGGUUGAACUCAACCCCGGGUGAACGAACCCAGUGCCACCCCGGGUUGACUUUUUUGUAUUUUUCAACCCGCAUUCAACCCCACAUAGUUUAACACUUGCUUCAUGCAAAUCAAGCUUAUUGCUACUGUUUUGAAUCCCUGGCGGAGUUUCAACCCGGGUUGAGAAAUCUCAACCCUGGUCUGGAGCAGGGUUGAGUUCAACCCGGGGUGAAAUCAAUCUCAGGGUUGAUGCAGGGUUGGUGCACAGUUGUGUGAAACACUGCAUGUUUCAACCCUGCUUCAACUCCGAGAUUUGUCUAGUGUGAAAAAGCCCUAAGGUAGCAGAAGUGUUCAAUGAAACAAUUAUUCCAGUUGGCCAUAGACCUCCUCUAACACUACGUGUGCCAUUUGUUUUCCAAGGAGGUAGGGAAUUAUGAUAAUUAUACGAAUUCGGUAUCGAUGCACAUGUAUUCCACCUUGUACUAAUGUAAUUUAGUAAUUUUUUUUUGGGGGGGGGGGAAAGAUUGCUUUUACAUGUGAAAUGACAUACUUGAAUUUGAAUGUCUGGAGAUGCAAACAAUUGGCAAAGUUGUUUUAACAAGUAAGACAAUCAUAUUGUGUAAAAGUACAUAUCCACCAAAGUUUUGAACAGCAAAGAGCUAUAUUUUGUAAUACAUUUAAUUAUUUCUUUAGCUUUGUCAGAUGUUAUAGAUCACACGUUUAAUGAACAGGAAACGUCCAUUUUACUAAUAAAGCACCCAGCGUUGGUCACUUGUCAGCCGUAAGGCGUAAAA